AUUUUAGAGCUAAUUGAUUCAAACCUUCAUCAUAUGGCAUACUGAAGCUAAGAAUUGCCCAUUAUUCACAUCAGAAUCUAAAAUGCUGAAUUUGUGACAUCUUAAGACUAAUUUGAAUGUUCUCGGUUUAAGAAUUCUUUAUUGUAAUUUUUUUGCCGAUCAUAGGAAAUGAGGGUAGAAAGAAAUCAUAUUCUCAAUAAUAAAAUAAAAGGCAUGGAUAAUUGUAAUAUUAAUGAAAAAUGGGAAGAUCUUAUGGAGAAUAAUGGUAUGAGAGUAGGGUUGAAAUUUUAGUGGUUUUAGUUUAGAAUUUUCAAUUUAUUGAUGUAAUUGGAAGAGGUGGAUUUGGUAAGGUGUGGAAAGUUAGAUAAAAGAAAAAUAAGUAAUUUUAUACUCUUAAAGUGAUGUCUAAACCAAAGAAAAAGCGAUUAAAAUAUAGAAUCAUUUAAAAGAAGUCAUUGUAGUCUGUAAUGAAUGAAAAGACGUUAUUGAGUGGGCUGAAACACAAGUAAAAUAAUGAAAUGGAAUUAAGUUUCUGAU